AAAUAUACCACAUAAUAUUGCGAUCUUGUCAUCUAGUCGCGUCUUCUUUUGAGCAAAUUCUCAAACACCUUCUGUGCGCAUCGAGGAACUCCAAAAUGGCCCUCCUUUCCGGUGCCAAGAUCGCGGAGCUCCCUUUUCACAGCUCCCUCCCUCUCUGCUCGCGCCAACUCUCUCUCCUCCGCUGCCGCUUCCAUCGCCUCCUCUUCUCCGCGAUCGCGUCGUCCUCCAUCCACAUCGCUGAGCACGGGGGCGGUGACUCCGACGCCUGGAGUUCCUCCAGACAUCACACACCGCCGCGGGAAGACGACGACGACAGGAAUAUGAGUAGUACUCCCAAAUCGCCUAUCCGCUCCCGGCUCCCCUCCGCGCCCUGGCUGCAGCAGUGGGAUCCUCCAGAGACGUUUACAUCCGACGCUCCUGCAGAGAGGAAGACGGCAGAGCUCGAGGCUGGCCGAGGCGGCUCUAUAGAGAGGAUCGUAUAUCGGCUGCGUAACCUCGUACUCGACUCUGAAGAAGAAGUGGACACGGAAGGAGACGGGAAAAAUCUACCUUUGAGCGGAAACGAGAGGUUAAGUAAGCUGCUAGAGUGGAGCUGGAGCCGUCCGCAUUCACAGCAAAUUGCGGACCGCGUUCUUCUGCCAUGGAAGAGGGAAGGCAACCGAGGGUUUUUGGAGGAAGAGGAUACAAAGAGCGCACAACGAAAGAGGAUGAAGGCGCCAACUUUAGCAGAGCUUACCAUUGAGGAUUCCACGCUGCGGAGGCUCAGGCGGAUGGGCAUCAUUCUGAGAGAAAGGAUCACUGUGCCGAAAGCAGGUGUCACGCAGGCCGUUACUGAGAAGAUUCAUGAUGCGUGGAGGAAGUCAGAGAUAGUUCGGCUAAAGUUUCACGAGGAUUUACUUCAUAAUAUGAAGACAGCUCAUGAGCUCGUUGAGAGUAGGACUGGAGGAUUGGUUAUUUGGAGAUCCGGUAGCAUUAUGGUGGUGUAUCGGGGUAGCAACUACAAGCCACCUUCUAGAACUCAAUUGUCAGAUGCGGAAAACAACCAGACAAUAGUAUCAAAUGAAACUGAAUCGCUAAAUGUUUCAGAAACCACCACAUUGCGUGAGAAUGUUGAUUGUGCUAUAUCCUCGAAACCUGAAACUUCCUGUCCAUCUGAUUUGAACCUUGAACAUGAUGUACAUCUGACAGAAGAGGAAGUGGAGUUUAACAACUUGCUUGAUGGGUUAGGUCCUCGGUUUACUGAUUGGUGGGGAACUGGGAUUUUACCUGUAGAUGCUGAUUUGCUACCUCAAAAUAUUCCUGGUUUUAGAACACCUUUUAGACUUCUGCCUACUGGCAUGCGAGCACUGCUUACCGAUUCAGAGAUGACAAACUUGAGAAAGCUAACAAAGAAGCUUCCUUGUCAUUUUGCCCUUGGGAGAAACAAACACCAUCAUGGUUUGGCGUCUGCUAUUCUGAAGCUUUGGGAAAAAAGUUUAGUUGUGAAAAUUGCUGUGAAACAGGGAGUUCAAAAUACCAACAACAAACUUAUGGCCGAAGAACUGAAGGCUUUGACUGGAGGAACCGUACUUCUUCGAAACAAGUAUUACAUUGUUAUUUAUCGUGGAAAGGAUUUCAUUCCAACUUCUGUGGCCACUGCUUUGUCUGAAAGAGAGGAACUGACAAAGGAAAUCCAAGACACAGGGGAACAAUUGAGAGAAAACAUGGUUCGAAAACCUUGUGUAAAUGCACAUGAGGGGCAUGCACCUGUUGGUACUUUGGCUGAGUUUCUCAAGGCUCAAGCACGGUGGGGAAGACAUAUAUCCACGGAAGAGCGCAAUGCAAUGGAAGAAAAAGCUUCAAGAUAUAAAACAACCAAGCUUUUUAAAAGGGUUAAACAUAAAAUAUCCAUUGCUCAAACAAAGAAAGCAAGAGCUGAGAAAUUGCUUGCUAACAUUGAAGCAUCCACGGUUCCUGUCAAUCCAUGUCAUGAUAAGGAAACAAUCACUGAUGAAGAAAGAUCCAUAUUUCGCAGAAUCGGAUUGCGAAUGAAGACAUACUUGCCACUUGGAAUCCGUGGUGUUUUUGAUGGUGUAAUUGAGAAUAUGCACUUGCAUUGGAAACAUAGAGAACUUGUUAAGUUAAUCUCUAAGCAGAAAACCUUAGCUUUUGUUGAGGACACAGCAAGACACCUGGAAUACAAGAGUGGUGGUAUUUUAGUUGCAAUUGAGCCCAUCCCCAAAGGUUUUUCACUUGUUUACUAUCGUGGGAAGAAUUAUAAGCGACCUAUUAGCUUGCACCCUAGAAAUCUUUUAACAAAGGCAAAAACAUUAAAACAUGCAGUAGCAAUCCAACGCCAUGAGGCUCUUAUCCAACAUAAAAGUACCGAAGGAGGAACGGGUAUGUACCCAGAUCAGUAUAUCUUUUCCCAUGCAGAACCCACCUUUUAUGAAUAGUCCAUAAAAUAUUUUUUAAAUUGUUUGUUUUUCCUUCUGUUUUUUUUUUCCUUACCACACAAUGCUUGGGCAUUCACGUAGUUUACUUUAAAGGCCAGAAAAUUGAGAAUAUGAUUCUAUCAUAUUAUUUACAUAUUGAGUAACUCUCUACUUCCACUUCUCUUCUCAAAAGGUUAUUUAUCUAUUGCAUGCUCCUGCUUGAACUAAUUUAGCCAAGGGACUUUUGAUAUGGAACAUUCUACCUCCAGUUUCUAUGAUUUUAUGGUUGGAUGAAGUUUUGAUAUGGAACUAAUUUAUCUUGCUCACUAGAGAAAAUUAUCAUGAUGCCAUCUUAGCUUAAUUAUAUCACCUUGAAUGAUUGGUUGCUUGAAUCUUCCU